ACAGUAGUGUAUACUUCCUCCCAUCCCGAUUGUCAAUCUCACCCAGAACCCGAUGAUGUUUCAUCACGACCCGGAUGCAGCAGCGCGCGAAAUACUUGUGGUCCACCUACCUACCUACCUACCUAACUAGAUAUGCUUGGACAACUCGCUUGACAGUCGCUUCUUGCUAGUCAGCAUUAUGUCUUCGUCAGAAUCCACUUGCGACGACCAAUUGUCCUGGCAUGCGAUAACAGCUGCACGACUUCUUAGCGCACGACAGAAAUCAUCUCGCCUUGGAGCAACCAAAUCUCGUCACGGCUGCAUCGCCUGCAAGGGCCGACGAGUCAAGUGUACAGAAGAACAUCCGGCUUGUCGCCGAUGUGUUCGGAGUGGCCAGGAGUGCAAAUAUGCACCUACUCCAGAUUUCCCAUCCGCGCGAUCGAACAGGUCAGGAAUCGGGCUGCAGCUAUCUCAAUACAUGGGACUCAGGGCCAACGAGCGUCGUACCUUUGAAUAUUUCUUGUUACAAGCUGCGCCUCGUCUCGCGGGAUCUUUUGAUCAAGAGUUCUGGUGUCGAUCGGUGCUACAGCAAGCACAAACCGAGCCGUGCAUCCGAGAUGCAUUGCUUUGCAUCUCAUACUUGCACGAGAGCCCUCGCUACUUGACGACCUUCCUAGUUGCGGAGCAACAACAAAGCCCGAUAUGGUCAAUUCUUGGCAGGCCGUCUGCUGAGCACUCCCCAAAAAUGAAUGAGUUUAGGCAAGGUCUGCCGCAAAUUAUGGGCAACCUCCCUCCAAUUCAAGUUAAAAUGCCAACGCUGGACAAGUCUGUACAGGCUUCUUUGAAGCACUACAACGAUGCAAUGGGCGCCGUGAGAGAACGAAUCCAUACGGGCAGGCUGUCUCCGAUGCUCGCUUUGCAAACCUGCCUUCUUUUUAUUUUUAUAGAGAUCAUGCAAGAUAAUAUUCACAACGUGGUGAAUUUAUUGAUUCAAGCCGAGGGAAUCAUGAGGUCAGACAUGACACCAGUCACCCGAGAUGAGAAAGCACUUUACAAAGAACUCAAUCGAAUGAUCUUUCAAUCUUGUUCUUCGGCUGCAGUGUUUGGAUGGCAGCAAAGACCAACGAUCACACACAUCAAUGCCGUAUUUGACGUGGCAGCCGAAUACACGACCAUGGCCGAAGCAAAUGAUGCAUUCUUUGAGUGGAUUCUCGAAUGUCAACGCACUCUUUGCGAAAUCGAAGGUAUACCCCUGCCGAGCGGGAUGUCAGAGCUUACAGAGGUUGUGAAUACUGGUCACAAAAAAGCCUUUGUUCAAUGUUUAUACGAUCAAGAAUUCGAAGCUAACCGGUCUAAUCCAAACAUGCGAUCGUCAAGCGAUUCCAAGAGGACUUUGCCGGAACAACAAAGUUUACUGCAAAAAUUACAUCAAUGGUAUGCCGCUUUUCUCAGAACGCCGAGAUCUCAAGAAGGUCAUGUUUUGUGUCUCGAGAUGUAUUAUCGCGUUGCAAUCAUUUGGAUCUCAACAUGGAAUUGCGACCAGCAGAAGGAUUUUGACCAAUUCACUGAGCUCUUUCAACAGAUCGUCGGCCUAGCGGAGAGGUACGUGCGCAAGGUACAAAUAGAGAAAUCGGUAUAUACCUUGGGCACUGGCGUGCUCGGUCCGCUGACUGCGACCGCAUGGAAAUGCCGGGUCCCUCUUCUCCGGAGAAAAGCCACUCGUCUCAUGUGGGAGCUUCCUUCUACGAGGGAAUGUGUGUGGACAUCCAGACCUGUCGCUGAGGUCGCCGCUCGACUCAUCACCAUCGAAGAAGAAGACGCGCCGUGGUCGAUCUUCAAGAAUUGCGACAUCUCGGUCACAUCUUGUCCAAUAGACGAUUCUUUCCGUCCCUCCGAGUCCAAUCGAGUCGCUUCUUACUUGGUCAUCUACAACUUCACGGCUGGGCGCUGGGAACUUCGCGUCACGCGGAAUCAGCUCUCCGCCAGCGGCAAGCGAGAACCCGUCUCCCAGGAUUAUAGCUUCUGAAGAAAUUGGAAGGUGGGGCUUUUGUUCCUGAUUGUCAAGGAGGUUCUUUCCCUUGGACCGCGUUCAUGUCCUCGCAGACGGUCGUGUCUUC